GCGUUACUUGGGGCUCGGUUGGGGAGAGAUGGGCAACUCUCAAAAAAGGAGUAGACAAUUGAAGGAUGGAUACCAUUGCCUAUAUUAAAAGCAUGAUGAAAGGAAAAUAAGAAAGCCAGUAAUCUCAGUAUGAAUCAGUCUAGAUCUAGAUUAGAUGGUGGUGGUGAAGAAUCCUCAUCUCAAGACCAUAAUCAUCGUGAAAAUGAGAGAAGAUGGCAGCAAGAGCGUCUCCAUAGAGAAGAAGCCUAUUACCAGUUUAUUAAUGAACUCAAUGAUGAAGAUUACCGGCUAAUGAGAGAUCAUAAUCUUUUCGGCACCCCUGGAGAAAUAACAUCAGAAGAACUGCAACAGCGGUUAGAUGGAGUCAAGGAACAACUAGCAUCUCAGCCUGAUUUGAGAAAUGGGACAAGUAACAGAGGUACUUUGGACUCCUUUCCAUAAGAACAAGACUUGAUU